AUGUGUCAUAAGGAGAUAUUGAGAGGCAAACAUCCCCUUGUGGGAAGUCCGUUAUUUCUCACACCACGAUUCAUCCUCAAUCUCAUAUUUGCUAGUAGGGCUAGUAAAGUAGUCAAUCAAGGUUACCAAAAGUUCAGGACUCGGGCUUUUCAAGUAGUUCGGGGAGAGGGGAAUCUCAUUGUCCUGCCAAACUCUUUAGUCGAAGAGCUUGCGACUCUCCCUUCAACAGUGGCAAGCCCCCAUGGCGCUUUAGAGCACGACUUAUUAGGCUCUUAUACAGGGCUAGAUGUCAUUUUAGAGAGUCGUCUUCACCACUCUAUCGUACAGCGUAGACUUACCCCUCGUCUCGGUUUAAUCACGCCUCGCCUAGAGAAAGAGCUUAUCCCGUUGUUUGAAGAACUAUUACCACCUUCCAAGGGAGAAUGGAUUGAGUUUCAACCUUACCAAGUCUUCUGCCAGUUAGCCGCACGCCUUACUGCGCAUGCUAUUGUCGGCCCCGCCUUUUGUAACGACCCAGUCUGGCUAGACAUCGCUAUUAAUUACACUGAGAACCUAUUCAAAACAAUUGUGGUGCUACGUUUGCUCCCUUCUUGGACACAUUCUGUAGUAUCUCGGCUACUUCCAUCCUAUUGGAAAUGUCAGGGGUAUAUUCGAUCAUCUAAGGUAUUGCUAGGCCCAAAGAUUAGAGAACUCCUUGGGAGAAGCGAAGAUGGCUCCCUCGCUCCGGACUCUAACGAAGACGAAUUCAAUGUUCUUACGUGGCUUGCCUUCCUAGCAAAGGGAUCAGAACGAAAACCUGAUAAUAUCGCACAUACUGAAGUACUCCUUUCCCUUGCUUCCAUUCACACGACCCUUCUCAGGAUGCUGAAUGUGCUGUAUGACCUUACGGCUCAUCCUGAGUUACUCGAAGAGCUGCGAGUGGAGAUAUACCAAGUAGCUUCUAGUCCGGAAGGUUGGAACAAGCCUUAUGAUCGACUUUAUAAGCUGGAUAGUGUACUGCGCGAAUCCCAACGGAUGUCACCACCAUCAACUAUUGGGAUAAAACGGCUCUUCAAAACACCAUACACAUUUCAGAACGGGCUGCACAUCCCCAAAGGAACAUACGUCUGUAUGCCAGUCUAUGCCAUUGAGAAUGACCCCGAACAUACCCCUAAUCCAGAUUUGUAUGAUGGAUUGAGAAGCUAUCGCGCUUACAUGCAGAGCCAAUCUACUCCGGGAAACUCCAAUAACUCUAAGGAAUUCCAGUUUUCAUACGCUAACGACCCAAAUGUCCUGAAUUUCGGGUAUGGGAAAUAUGCUUGUCCCGGAAGAUUCUUUGCCAGUUUGAUCAUCAAGAUGGUCCUCGCCAAAUUACUUGUUGAAUACGACUUCCAGUUCUUACCAGGUACUGGGAGGCCGGCAAAUCUAGAGGUCCACGAAUUUCUAUUCUCGUGGCCUUGGAAUAAAAUGUUACUAAGGAGGAGGGAAGGUAGUACUUUUUCGUUUUAA